UUCUUUCUUUCUAUACUCUCCCUCUAACCAUUAUAUAUUUUCUUCCAUUGAAGCUUUUGUUUUCUAAAUCAGAUCCUGCUGAAUUGAGAAAAGAUGAAGAUGAAGGUUGGAGAUGAAAGGCGAUUCGGUCUUCUGCAGGCAGCUAAGGACUCGGAGUAUGUGAAGAAAGUGUAUGGAGGAUACCUGAACGUGUACAUGGAAGCUUUCGGAGAAGAAGGACAGAGAUGGGAUUUAUUCAAAGUGUAUGAAGGAGAAUUCCCAGACUUCACUCAGCUUCACAAGUACCAUGGCUUUGUAGUUACCGGAAGUGCCCAUGACGCUCAUUCAAAUGACCUCUGGGUCCUCAAACUCUGCCUCCUCCUUCAAACCCUCGACGCCAUGCACAAGAAUGUCCUCGGCAUCUGCUUCGGCCACCAGGUACUUUGCAGGGCUUUGGGAGGAAGGGUGGGAAGAGCAUACACGGGUUGGGAUAUAGGGAUAAGAAAAGUGAGUAUAGUUGACAGGGAUUUAGCAACUUUCAGAUACAUGGAGAUGAAGGAGGAGGAAGAGGAGGAAGAAGACCUGCCAGAUUGUCUGUCGAUAAUAGAGAUUCAUCAAGAUGAGGUGUACGAGAUUCCAGAGGGUGCACAAGUGAUUGCUUCGUCAGACAAAACUCGGGUUGAAAUGUUUGCCAUUGCAGACCACAUUCUUGGGAUUCAAGGUCAUCCUGAGUAUACAAAAGACAUUCUCCUUAAUCUCAUCGAGCGUCUCCUCAAUAAUGAUCUCAUAGAGAGAGGGUUUGCAGAGAGGGUGAAGUGUGGGUUGGAGUUAGCUGAACCAGAUAGGAAAAGCUGGGAAAAGAUAUGCAAGAACUUUCUUAACGGAAGAUAGAAGAUAAACAGAACUUUCUUCUUCUUCUUUCCAAAACGUGAGGAAGCAAACAAUGCUUGUCAUGGUGGCAGAAGAAUGUAGGAAUCAAAUUCCCAGACAAGCGGAUGAACCUUGGCAUAUUAACCUGGAUAAUGUUUUGGAUAGAAGUUUGUGGGAAUAAUCGGGCCCAAGUUGUGCAUUGAUGACCGUGACGACGGAUGACACUUCUAGUUUAUUGGUAUAAUUUCAUAUAAGGAUUGCAUACAUGAC